AUGGAUCCAGAGGAAAAAACACUCAUUGUUAUGUAUACCUUCUGCUCCAGCCUGGUGCAUCUGGGUUCAAAAUCCCGGUGGACUCGACGGACACAGACUGAGUUGCUGAGUGCUUCCGCAUCCGUUAUAGGCAAUAGGCGCUCCCGCCGAGUUCUCCCACCAGAACCGCGCACGACGAGUCGGCUCUUGCCGGUGCCGACGGCCCAACAGCCAUCAAAACUAAUGGAUUUGGAUGCCCAUCACCGACAAUGA